AUGUACUUUCAAACAUUUGCCAUCAUGGAAUUAAUAAGGUAUUUUGGAUGGACCUGGGUAGGCAUCAUUUAUGCAGAUAAUGAUUUCAAUGUACAAGCAAGUCAGCACUUGAAAUCAGAAUUACUAAGAGCCCAUGCCUGUGUGGCAUUUUUUGAGAUCAUUCCUGCAAACGCACAAAACAGUAGAAUAAUCUUUCUUGUGGAGACCAUUGUAGACUCUUCUGCAGCUGUAAUCAUAAUUUUUGCCUAUGCCCAAGAGGUAACUCUUAUCAUGGAGGAAAUGGCAGUACGUAAUAUAAAUGAAAAGGUCUGGUUAGCAACAAGUUGGUCAGAAGACUCUCUUUUUUCUUACAAGAAACUCUGGAAAAUAUUAGAUGGUGUAAUAGGAUUUGCGCAGCCUGCAGGAUCUAUGCCAGGGUUUAAAGACUUCCUUUAUAGCAUUCACCCUCUGAAGUAUCCAGAAUUUAUUUAUAUAAAGCCUUUCUGGGCUACUGUAUUUAGUUGCUUGUGGGUGGAUAAUGUAACUACUGAAAAUACAGAAAACGAAGGCAGAACUGCUAAAUCCAGGUUCUGCACUGGAAAAGAGAAACUAGAAACACUUGAAGAAAGUGUAUUUCCUGUCAACAACUUCAGAAAUACCUAUGCUAUGUUUAAUGCGGUGUACUCCUUAGCCUAUGCUCUACAAAACUUGCAGUCAUGUCAGCCUAGAGAGGGACCUUUCAGUAAUCGAACAUGUGCAGACAGAAAACAUUUUGUGUCAUGGCAGCUUCUGCAUUAUAUUAAGAAGGUUAAAUUCAAAAAUGGAAAUGGACAAGAAGUGUAUUUUGAUGAAAAUGGUGAUAUACCAGCAUUAUAUGAAAUUACCAAUUGGCAACUUAUUUCAGAAGAUUCCUUAAGGUUCCCUAUUAGAACUGCGAAGGUCCACUUAUGCAAAUACGGAAACAUUGACACAUAUUCAGUGAACAGCAAAAACACAGAUCGUCCUGAAGUGCAAAAUUUGAAAUGUCAAAUUGUCAUAGUUGGCCCUUCUGUGACUCCAAAAUCUGAAUGCAGUAGCAGGUGUAUUCCUGGGUACCGUAAAGCUCCAAUUCAAGGAAUGCCUCUCUGCUGCUAUGAUUGUGUGCCUUGUUCUGAUGGGGAAAUUGCCAAUCAAACUGAUGCCACCGACUGCACAAAGUGUCCAGAAGACUCUUGGUCAAAUGAGCAAAGGUUAAUCUGCGUCCUAAAACAGGUAGAGUUCCUAUCCUUCAAACAUCCUUUGGGAAUGGUAUUGGCUGCCUUCUCCAUUGUAUUUGCCAUCAUUCCAGCAUCCAUACUUUGGAUAUUUAUUAAAUAUCGGGACACUCCUAUAGUGAAAGCAAACAACCGUAAUCUCAGCUACUUCCUCCUUGUAGCUCUUAUUCUGUGCUUCCUGAGCUCCUUAAUAUUCAUUGGAAAACCAAACAACACAAGCUGCUUAUUGAGACAGUCUGUAUUUGGUAUAAUAUUUUCUGUUUGUAUCUCUUCUAUUCUAGCAAAAACAGUUAUUGUGUUUAUUGCAUUCAGUGUAAGAAGGCCAGGAGGAUACCAGCAGAAGUGGCUUGGAACCAAGACAUCAGUUUUUAUUGGCCUUUGUUGUACCGCUCUACAGGUCAUGAUAUGUGCUGUUUGGUUUGCACUUUUUUCACCUUUCCAAGAAAAAAACAUGAAUCUAUACAAGGAUAAAAUAAUAAUUGAAUGCAAUGAAGGGUCAGUCAUGAUGUUUUAUUGUAUGCUGACAUAUCUUGGCAUUUUGGCAAGUGUGUGCUUCAUUGUUGCUUUCUUAGUGCGAAAAUUACCAGACAGAUAUAAUGAAGCAAAAUUUAUCACAUUCAGCAUGUUAAUAUUUAUUAGUGUUUGGCUGACUUUUAUACCAGCAUACCUCAGUACCAAAGGAAAAUAUCUAGUUGCUGUUGAGAUAUUUGCCAUCUUGUCUUCAGGGUUUGGGCUUCUCAGCUGCAUUUUCUUCCCCAAGAUUUAUAUUAUUGUAUUAAGACCAGAAUUAAAUACUAAAGAAUCUGCAACACAGAGCUCAUACUAA